UCGAACCAUUUGAUCCCUCUCGUUCCAUAAUAUCCACAUUAAACAUAACCAUUUAUAUCUUCUCCCGCCUUUCAAUCUAACCUACAGUACAUAUCUAUCAUCCGUAUUUGUGUACUCAUUAUCACCCCUCUUUCGAUAUCUAUUUAUCUACCUAUUCAUCAUGCCUUUCAUGUCCAAAUCCUCUCCUUCGACCUUUGCGUCUUUCCCAACAAUGACCGAUGUCCAGUUGCCUAUUCGUUUGGCUCAGUGUGUUGGAAUCACUGCUUCAUCUGCUCUCGCUGGAGCUUCUCUCAGUAUUUCCUUCAUCUCUGUUCCAAGAUUACUCGAAUCACCACCGCAUCUUCUACUCAAGCAAUGGAAUAACCUCUAUCAACAAGGAAAAGCUUUUUUCCCAUCCGCUUCAAUAAUUCCUGCGGCAUCUUUCUUCUUCCUCGCAUACAAGGAGACUGAUAAACUGAAGUUAAAGUUGUUUGCUACGGCUGGCGUUUUGGCCCUAGGGAUGAUGCCUUACACAAUUUUGUUCAUGUUGUAUACGAAUAAAACAUUGUUAGAAAAGGCGGAUGAGUCACAAGGACUUUAUGCCAAUCAAGCUGGUGGAGAUUUCGAUGAUGUUUCUUCUGGAUCUGGUCGUAAACACAAGAAAUCUUCCAAGGACCGCGAGAGAAGUGAUAGAAGUUACAAGAAGAGUUCGUCGAGCAAGAGAAAGGAAGUUGGUGAGGAUGAGGAUGUUAGAACCGCACAUGAAUUGGUUGAUCAUUGGUCAUUGUUGAACUUGGGAAGAAGUGCUUUGAUGACUACUAGUGCUGCAAUCGGUACUUGGACCGUGGUUAGAUAUUCGAAGAACUAAAUGGGUUUACGAUCUUCUUUGAUUCGAUUCAACGAUAGACGACCUUGCGAUGGGAGAUACAGAUAUGAAAAUGAAUACGGAUCGGUCUGAAGAUGAUGGUUUUGGGUUCUACGACUUUACAUUAUACGACGGGAUGAUAUGAAAUUUGAUAUGAUAUGAAUUCAAUCAUGGAAUCGGUUUACGGAUUGGGUGGAUUUGGGUGGAAAUGACGGGUAGUAUAUACCUGAAUGGAAAGGAAAUGUUCAACCAUAGAUUUUAUAUGGGAAUUCAAAAUCGCGACUAUUAGAAACACAGCUCAACCAUUGCUAUAUUAUAGACCAUUGGUACAGAUCAAAUACCAAAAACAAAUAUUAUUUUUUUCAACCUCGGCUUUGAUGUUUGGCAAAUUUUUAUAUGUCACAUAUGAGAUG